AUGGUACCCCUAAAGAGCGGAAGAAGACCUCUGCGCCGAUGGAUCUAUCUCGCUUCCCCUUUUCUUAGCUUUCUUGUGGCGGGCUAUCUGUUCCUGUCAAAUUAUCCUUUAUAUCAUAAAGAUAAUGGGGCCCUUAAUAUUCCAUCUUCACCGGCAGAAGAGAUAGAGCGACCUCGGAUAAUAGCUGGCCUAGAGGACGUCCACGUUGUGUUAAAAACUGGCGCAACCGAAGCAUUAGCAAAAGUUCCCGUCCACUUCAACACUACCUUGCGAUACGUCCCUCACUUCACUCUAUUCUCUGACUACGAGGAGGAUAUCGCUGGGUUUCAUGUUUACGAUGUCCUGCGAAGCGUCGAUGUGGCGAUCAAAAAUAAGCAUCCGGAAUUUGAACUCUAUAGGCGCCUUAGGGCUACGGGCAGAGAAACUCUAUCAAAACUGAACACUGACCCAUCGAACGACGUGAGCACACCUGCAGGGAAACCAAAAAAUCCUGGCUGGAUCUUGGACAAAUGGAAGUUCCUCCCGAUGAUGCACGAAACUCUCCGCUUUCGAGAUGACGCCAAAUGGUAUGUCUUCAUGGAGGCAGACACGUAUAUAAUCUGGAAGAAUUUAGUAACUUGGCUCGAGAACUUCGACUCCAGUAAGCCAUACUAUCUUGGCAACCAGAUGCAAAUUGGAGAUACUAUAUUUGCCCACGGAGGAUCUGGCUUUGUACUGUCCCAUGCGGCUCUGAAACGUGUUGUGGAGUACCAUUCUUCUCUGGUUAAGGAAUGGGAUACACUCACAGCUGAGCACUGGGCGGGUGAUGAGAUUCUUGGGAAGGCUUUAAAUAACGCAGGCGUCGGCCUUCUUUGGUCCUGGCCGAUGCUCCAAGGUUCGACGCCUUGGAAUUUUGAUCCCUUUUCGUCCAGUUAUAAUAAACUUCCCUGGUGCUAUCCUCCAAUAGCCUAUCAUCACAUGGGCUCGGAGGAUAUUAGAGAGCUAUGGGAAUUUGAGGAGAGAUGGUUUAAAGAGAAUGGCAAUUCGGCCCUCUUACGCCAUCGCGAUGUAUUCCAGAAGCUUACCCAACCUCGUUUCAAUACUACGGGAGAAGAUUGGGAUAAUGAUUCCCUAGAUAUCGCAGCAGGAGUUGAAACGGCAACAGAAUGCGAAAGACAUUGCGCCAAAGACCUAGAGUGUCUCCAGUAUUCCUUUGGUGGUAAAGUAUGCCGUACGUCAAAAGUUGUUCAAUGGGGCAGCCGUAAACCUGGGAUGGUUUCAGGUUGGAUGUCGGAUAAAAUUGACAAAGCUGCGGCAAAGCUGGGUGCAUGUAAACAGACGGAUUGGAUUCGUCCAGAAUAG